AAUUCUCUCUCUGUAGCCUUCCAUUCCUCGCCUAGUCUCGCCCUCCGCGAACACUCUUCAGCUAGGGUUUCUGCUCGCAAGCCGCCUUCGCAAUCUUCUAUUUGGUUGAUAGCUUCUAUUGAGGACUGAUCUUCAAAAUGAGAAGCAUCUCGUGAGGAGGAAGGGGAAUAUAAACUCAGUCUUUCUAAGCUGGUCUAUUCAGGCUCCAUGGGGGGCUCAAAGCUGAAAAAUCAUAAUGUUACCCCCCCUAGGAGACAAUCAUUAAGGCUCAGGGGAAUCAGUGCUAUUUAUGAAACAGGUCUCAAUCUUGUUAAUUUAAAUUCAAAACAUCAGCGGCAAAAUAGUGGAGACUAUUCUACUGUUGCCAAUCAAAUAAAAGUUGAGAUGCUUGAGUCUGAAGAAGAUAGCCAUACUUCUUCCAAAUCAAAUGAACGUGUUAAUAAUCCUGCUGACAGCAGUUAUCCUGGGAACCAUAGUUAUGAAGAAACUAAUACUGGUGGUGGAGACCAAAGCCUUAAUGCUUUGACUUUGAAGGACUUGCGAGCAAGCUGCAGAGCUAAGAAGCGGAAGGUCAUGAAAUCUGGUGCUUCUGCAGCAGUUGAUCUUAAAAGCUGCUCAUAUUUUGAUCCAUCUCAAAACUGGAAGGAUGAUUAUGUGAAACCGAAAGACGAGGAGCUUGACCUUGAGGAACCCCUUAUAACCUUGAAGUUGAAGGUUGCAAAAGGAUCUACUGAAGAUAGAAAGCAAAAGAAGCGUGCACAUCUAUUUCCAGUCUCUUUGGUCCCUAUGGAAGUGGUGCCUGCAAAGACCUGUUCUCUAUCUUCUAAUGACAUGCAAAGUUCAAUGCCUGUCACAGAAAUGAAGGCAUCAAUAACAAAUAGGCCUUCGAAAGACAGUGCUUCAGAUCUACAUGACAUAAAAAGUGAGGCAGAGACUGUUGAAGAAAAUUUUAGAGGGAGUGUCAAGAAAAAUUUUGUCGAAGCAAACAAUUCUCUCCUGUCAUUAACAACUUAUGCUGGUGGUCCAGAAUUGGUUUAUGAUGUCAAAACUGAGAUCGUGAAAACUUGUUCCUUGGAUGGACAAAAUGCAGUAAAUAUAGAUACUAAUUCUACUUUGGACAUCAUUAAUACUUGUAAUUUUCUAGACAAUUCAUCUGCUGAGCUGCUUCCGAAGGUUGGUGAGAAAUUAAAUAAUAGUUUCCCAUCAUCAGCACCUGAUUUAGGGAGGACUUUACAUGUUGAUAGACCUGAAUUGGCUGAUACUCUCAAAAAUGAGAUCUUGGAAAAUGAAUCUCCACAGCAUGAGAACACAAUUUAUAUUGCUGCUUCUUCUACUGUGGAUUUCAUUGCAAAAUUCAAUUAUUUUGAAGAGUCAUCUGCUGAAAUAUUUGGAGGAGUUGAAGAUGUCUUGGAGAAUCAAGGAUCAAAUCCUACCAGUAGAACAUCUACAUCUUGUUGCCUUAACGAGGUUUCUACUGAACAUAUGGAACCUGAUGAGUACUUUCUUCCACAAAUUGAUGCAAAACAUGCUGCUGAAAUUGGGAAGAUGAACCUUUCAGAAAUGUCCAAUCAGAAACUUUGUCCUUCCUCAGUUUCUGUACACAAGGCAGUUCCCUCUGAUCCCUGUAGCUCUGCCUCAGUCUCUGCGACUGUAUAUCCUGUCUCUGAUAUCUGUGUUAGCACAGAAAACCACUGCAUUUUGCUGGAAGAGGUUACAUGUAUAAGUAUAUCGAACCAAAUGCAAUGUUCAGCUAGCAGUAAUAGCUACAGAACCAUGGAUUUUAAACUUGCAGAAGCUUGUGCUUCUGUCUUGGGACAUGAGGAUGCUCAAAUUUUAACUCACGAUUUACCUGUACAAGAAAUGCCAAUAUGUUGUUACAUAGAAGAUGUGACCAAUGAUCCUAGUCUCCUGUCCAAGGAACAUGAUUUGGGUGGAGUCUUUAAUACUGGUACAGAAGGUGAAUGCCCUAGUAAUUCAGCUCAUCAUACAGUCGCUGCGGAUGAACGAAAAAAAAGUAAUGAGAGAACUAGAACUGAUAUAGAAGAGUUCUCCACUACAGAAGCAUAUAAGUUUUACUCCCCAGAGUCUUCCUAUACAUGCUGUGGUGCCGAUUCACAUGCUCUUGUUAAACUCUCACAUAAGAUGGAGGAGUUGUCUUCCCAAGUGGAAGGCCACACAGAGGAAGCAACAUCUGAUUCUGUUGAAAUAUCUGGUUUGAUUGACCCCGAGAAACUCACUGGCGCACCUGAUUUGGGGUUUUCUAAAAGUUCCCUGCCAUGUUCCAGUAGUCUCAUGGGCUUGCAUUAUGCUGAUAGUUUAUCAAAGGCUGCAGGAAAAUGUUCAUCUUUUGGAGUGGAAGAAAAGUUGCAUGCUGCUAAAGAUGAGCCAGCUUCUGAAAUCUCCCAGUUAAUUGAUGAAAAGGGACAGAACAUGGAAAAAGAAGACAAACAUGAUCAGGGGAUGUUAGUAGAUAAUCCUCCAAAAAAGCUAUUAUCAAAACGAAAGGCCAUUUCUCCGACUUCUCAAGAAAAGCUGUGUCAGGCUUUGAAUGACAUCGAUUUAUGUGAUGCCAGCCAACUCUGUAGUCACAAGGAAGCUGAAACAUUGCUGGCACCUGAGCGAAUGAGGACGAAACCAAAGAACCACAAUAUUGGCUCCCUUCUUUCAGUUAACGAAGGAAUUCUUAGGUCGCCGGAUGCUUCUUGGAAGACACCUUGCUCUUGCAUGAAGAGUUCAUCAUUUCUCCAACAAGCUGAGAAGGCCAUUGAAUUUUCACAACGACAGAUGCAUGAUAUAGAAAACAUUGCAAUGAAACUUCUGAGGGGGUUGAAGUCCAUGAAAAACAUUGUGGAAGAAACUCUUUCUUUGGAAUCAUGUUCUUCUCUACCUUCAAAAUUUACUGUUGAUGAGAUCAGAGCUGCUGCUGAUAAUGCAUCAGAACUUGAAAGGACCACAAGGAGGUGGUUAUCUAUGAUGACAAAGGAUUGCAAUCGUUUUUGUAAAAUAAUGAGAUUAGCUGAGAACAAAGAAGCGACUCCACCUAAAGGUGUUUCUAAGAAACAGAAGAAGAUAACUUUUGCUGAUGAAGCUGGUGGUGUGCUCUGUCAGGUGAGAGUUUUCAAACAACAGCCAGCUCCUGUUGCUGUACCUGAAAGUGAUAAAGCUGAUGUCAGCCAUGUACCGUUAUAAAAUAGCAACAGGCUGCUAUGGGCAACGGGUACAAGCAUCUGAAACACUGGCGAUUUUUGUUGGCAUUCUUCGAUGCUCAUGGCCCUCCUGUGGCUGACAACAGUGACCGCUUGUCGGUGGAUGAUUUUUCGUCCUUUAUCCUUGUGAAGUCUUCCUCUUAAGUUUUGAUCUUGGAUUGAACUGCAAUGGAUGCUGGAAGCUGUUUCUUGACUGACAGUUGUUCCCUGCUGAAGUAAGACUUAUCCAAGAUGAGUGGUGUUGUGGAAUUUAAGAAACUAUCUCCAUGGUGAGCUAUAUGUUUAUGCAAUAGAAGGCUUGCCAAAGUAAAUGUGUCAGUGAAGGAUUUGAGAUUUUGUUUGCUUGUAUCUUAACAGCGUUGGUCCGCCUUAGUUUUGUUAACUUAUGAUGAAAUUAAUUCUAUAGCUUUAUAUUUAUUCCGUUAUUUUAA